GUGCCUCAAGCGCUCAAACUGAAGCCCACCAAGUGGACGCUCACGAGUCUGGGCAGGGACCCCAAGGCGGAUCUAGACGCCUUCAAAAAGAGGUCGGAGAUGGCAGAGCGCAACCUCAAGCUCGCCACAGCCGCUCUCACACGAUCCGAAGCCCUCUUUGCAGAGCGGAAUAAGGAGAUGGAGGAGAUACAGGAGAGGAUGGGCGCCAAGGAGAGGGAAAUUGCAGCACUCAAUGACACUGUAGACGGGCUUAGAAGCGACAUUGCUGGGUUACAGUCAGAUCUAGCCGCCGCUACUGCCGAUGCCGCAGCUGCAAAAACCGCCACGCAACGAGCGCGAGCAGAGACGGAGCGAGUGAAGGGGGUGCUUGCAGGAGUCACGGAGGAAAAGGAAGGGGUGGAGAGGGACUUAAAGGCCACGCAGGAGGAGGGGAUGAGGCUGAGGGAGAAAAUUCUAGGGCUUGAGAAGGAAAGAAAAGAAUUGGAGGGGGAGUUGGGGAGAGUGGGGAGGUUGAUGGAGAAAAGGAUGAAAGAGGGGGCGGAGAGGGAGGAGAAGUUGACGGGGGAGAGGGAGGCGUGGAAGGGGAAGGCGGAAGGGUUGGAGGUGGAGAGGAAGCGUUUGGAAGGGGAACUGAGGGGGGCUGUAAGGGAGCGGGAGGUGCUGAGGCGAGGGGUGGAAGGGGCGUUGGGGAUUUCUCGGAGGGUAGAGGUGGAGGGUGAACGGGGAGGUGAAGGAGGGAGGGGGAGUGGGGAUCAGGGGGUUGGAGGGAUGAAGGUGGAGGGUGUAGUAGGGGUGUUGGAGAAGAGAGUGGGGGUUUUGGUGGUGGAGAUUGAGAGAGAGAGGGGGGAGAGGAGGAGAGAGAUGGAGGAAGGGAUGGAGAGGGAGGAGACGCUGAAGAGUCUGCUGCAGGAGGCGAGAAUGAACUGGGAAAGGCUGGAGGGGGAUUUGAAGAGUGAGAAGCAGGAGAGGCAGAGGGAGAGGGAGGAAGGCGAGAGGAGGGAAGAGGGAUUGAAGGGAGAAUUGCAAUUUGAGAAACAGGAGAGGCAGAGGGAGACGGAGGAAGGCGAGAGGAGGGAAGAGGGAUUGAAGGGAGAAUUGCAAUUCGAGAAGCAGGAGAGGCAGAGGGAGAGGGAAGAAGGCGAGAGGAGGGAAGAGGGAUUGAAGGGAGAAUUGCAAUUUGAGAAACAGGAGAGGCAGAGGGAGAGAGAGGAAGGCGAGAGGAGGGAAGAGGGAUUGAAGGGAGAAUUGCAGAUCGAGAAGCAGGAGAGGCAGAGGGAGAGAGAGGAAGGCGAGAGGAGGGAAGAGGGAUUGAAGGGAGAAUUGCAGUUGGAGAAACAGGAGAGGCAGAGGGAGAGAGAGGAAGGCGAGAUGAGGGAAGAGGGAUUGAAGGGAGAAUUGCAAUUUGAGAAACAGGAGAGGCAGAGGGAGAGGGAGGAAGGGGAGAUGAGGGAAAAGGGAUUGAAGGGAGAACUGCAAUUUGAGAAACAGGAGAGGCAGAGGGAGAGGGAAGAAGGCGAGGGGAGGGAAGAGGGAUUGAAGGGAGAAUUGCAAUUCGAGAAGCAGGAGAGGCAGAGGGAGAGGGAAGAAGGCGAGGGGAGGGAAGAGGGAUUGAAGGGAGAAUUGCAAUUCGAGAAGCAGGAGAGGCAGAGGGAGAGGGAAGAAGGCGAGAGGAGGGAAGAGGGAUUGAAGGGAGAAUUGCAAUUUGAGAAACAGGAGAGGCAGAGGGAGAGGGAAGAAGGCGAGAUGAGGGAAGAGGGAUUGAAGGGAGAAUUGCAAUUUGAGAAACAGGAGAGGCAGAGGGAGAGGGUGGAAGGCGAGAGGAGGGAAGAGGGAUUGAAGGGAGAAUUGCAGUUGGAGAAGCAGGAGAGGCAGAGGGAGAGAGAGGAAGGCGAGAGGAGGGAAGAGGGAUUGAAGGGAGAACUGCAGAUGGAGAAGCAGGAGAGGCAGAGGGAGAGAGAGGAAGGCGAGAUGAGGGAAGAGGGAUUGAAGGGAAAAUUGCAAUUUGAGAAACAGGAGAGGCAGAGGGAGAUGGAAGAAGGCGAGAGGAGGGAAGAGGGAUUGAAGGGAGAAUUGCAGCUGGAGAAACAGGAGAGGCAGAGGGAGAUGGAAGAAGGCGAGAGGAGGGAAGAGGGAUUGAAGGGAGAAUUGCAAUUUGAGAAACAUGAGAGGCAGAGGGAGAGGGAGGAAGGCGAGAGGAGGGAAGAGGCAUUGAAGGGAGAAUUGCAGACCGAGAAGCAGGAGAGGCAGAGGGAGAGAGAGGAAGGCGAGAUGAGGGAAGAGGGAUUGAAGGGAGAAUUGCAGCUGGAGAAACAGGAGAGGCAGAGGGAGAGAGAGGAAGGCGAGAGGAGGGAAGAGGGAUUGAAGGGAGAAUUGCAGUUGGAGAAACAGGAGAGGCAGAGGGAGAGAGAGGAAGGCGAGAGGAGGGAAGAGGGAUUGAAGGGAGAAUUGCAAUUGGAGAAGCAGGAGAGGCAGAGGGAGAGAGAGGAAGGUGAGAUGAGGGAAGAGGGAUUGAAGGGAGAAUUGCAGAUGGAGAAACAGGAGAGGCGGAGGGAGAGGGAGGAGGGCGAGAGGAGAGAAGAGGGUUUGAAGAGAGAAUUGCAUUUGGAUAAGCAGGAGAGGAAGAGGGAAAGGUAUGAGUUCGAGAGGAGGGAAGAGGGUUUGAAGGGGGAGUUGAGAAAUGAGAGGGAGGAAGGGGAGAGGAAGAGGUUGGAGUGGGAGGAGAGGCAGCAAAUAUUGAAGGGAGAACUGAGGGAAGCUCACAGCAAUGGGGAACGUCUUGAGGGAGAGUUGAAGCGGGAGAGGGAGGAGAGAGCGAAGGAGGGGAGGGAGGCUGAGGAAAAGCUUCGUGGAUUUGUAAGGGAAGUGGAGCAGGAACGGGGGAUUAGGGCGGCUGAGAGGAAGGAGUGUGAAGGAAGGGUGGAGGAGGUGGAAGGGAAGGUUGUGGAACUGGAAGGAGUGGUGCUGCGGAUGGAAGGGGAGUUGAAGGUGGAAAGGGAGGGGAGGGCGAAGGAGAGGAGGGAGGGAGAGGAGAGAGAGGAGAGAGUGAGGCGGGAAUUGAGUGUGGAACGGGAGGAGAGGAGGAAGGAGAAGGAAGAAGGGGAGGUGAGAGAGAAGGCUUUGGAGAGAGAGUUGAAGGGAGUGAGGGAGGUGUGUGUGAGGAUGGAGGGGGAACUGGUGGAGGAGAGAGAGGCGAGGGAAAGGGAGAGGACGGAAGGGAGGACGAGAGAGGAGGGGUUGAGAGAGCAGAUGGAGAAAGAGAGGGGAGAGAGGGAGUGCGAGAGAAGCGAAGCGAGGAUGAGGGAGGAGGGGUUGAGGAAGAGGGUGAGGGAGGGAGAGGAAAGGAUUGAAGUGCUUCGGAGAGAGAUGGAGAGAGAGGAGGAGGAGAGGAAGAGGGAGAGGAAGGAGGAGGUGGAGAGGGAAGAGGUGCUAAGAGGCAGGGUAGGCGAGAUGGAAGGGAGGUGCAGGGGGUUGGAGGAGGAGGUGAGGGAGGAGAGGGCGAAGGGGGAGAGAGAGAGGCGUGAGUGGGAGGAGAUGGAGAGGAGGGCAUGUGAGGAGGUAAGGUGUGAGCGUGAGGCGAGGGAGAGAGAGAGUGCGGAGGCAGAGAGGAGGUUGGAGGAGAUGACAGAGGUGCUGAAUGGGAGGGAUGAGACUGUGAGGAGGCUGGAAGGGGAGGUGAAGUUGGAGAGGGAAGAGAGGGGGAGGGAGAGGGAGGAGGGUGUGGAACGGGAAAGGAAGUUGAGAAGCGAAGUGCAAGGUGCAGUAGAGAGGUGCUGUGAGUUGGAGGGGUUGUUGAGAAUGGAGAAAGAGGAGAGAGAUCGGGAGAGGAGAGAAGGGAAGGAGAGGGAGGAGGGGAUGAGGAAGGAGGUGGAGAGAGAGAAGGGGGAGAGGAGGCGAGAGGUGAGCGAGGGGGAGGAGAGGGAGGGGGCUUUGCGGGAAGAGUUGCGGGAAGCGAAGGAGUUGAGUAAUCGGCUGCAAAAGGAGAUAGAGACGGAAGGGGAGGAGAGGGAGAGGGAGAGGAGGGAGGGUGAAGCGAGGGUGGAGAAAAUGGAAAGAGAGCUUUCUAUGGCGCAGUCGGAGUGUGCAAGGCUGCAGGGCGAGGUGGAUGGCGUGAGGGAGGCGAGGGAGAGCGAGAAGAGAGAGGCGGAGGAGAGGGAGGAGAGGCUGGUUGGAGAGAUACGGGCAGCACAGGAAGAGGUGGGGAGGGUGGAGAGGGAGAAGGAGAGAGAGAGGGAAGAGAGGGAGGUGGAAGGGGAGGUGGAGAGGGAGGAGAGGGAGAAGGAAAGGAUGGAGUGGGAGGGGCGGAUACAGACCCUGGAGGAGGAGUUGAGAGAGGUGCAAGGAGAUUGUAUGCGGUUGGAAGGGGAGGUGGAGAGGGAGAGGGGGGAGAGGGAGAGGAUGCGUUGUGAGAGUGAGGAGAAUGAGAAGAUGAUACGGGAGGAACUGGUUGGAGAGAGGGAGGGGAGGGAAGAGGAGAAGAGGAGGGGAGAGGAGAGGGAGGAGGGAGUGAGGAGAGAAUUGGAACAGUGGAAGGAGGCUUGCGAGGAGCUGGAGGUGAGACUGACGGAAGAGAAGGAGGCGAGGGAGAAGCAGAGGGGGGAGAUGGAGAAGGAGAGGAGGGAGAGAGAGAAAAGGCGAGAGGAAUUGGAGGGAGAGUUGAGGGAGGCGAGAGAGAGGGUGGGUGUGCUUGAGAGGGAAGUGAGGAUGGAAAGGGAGAUGAGAGAGAGAGAAGGGAAGGGGAAGGAGGAGAGAGAGGAGAUGCUGAUGGAAGAUGUGAGGAGAGAGAGGGAGGAGAGGGCCAAGGAGAUGGAGGAGAGGGUAAAGGAAAGGGAAGAGCGGGCAAAGGAGAGAGAGGAGUGGAGGAGGAGAGAGCGUGAUCUUGAGGGUGAGUUGAAGAAGGUGUGGGAAGAAACGGAGAAGGCGGGGAGGGGAGUGGAAGAAAGGGAAGAGAGGCUGAAAGAGGAAUUGAGGUUGGAGAGGGAAGAGAGAGAGAAGGAGAGGAGGGAGGUGAAGGAGAUAGAAGAGAGGCUGAAUGCUGGGCUGGUGGAAGCAAGGGAGAGAGGUGAGAAGCUCGAGAGUGAGUUGAAGGUGGAAAAGGAGGAGAGGGAGAGGGAGAGGGCGGCAGGGGAGGAAAGGGAGAGGAAGUUGCGGGAGGAGGUGGAGAGGGAACGUGAAGAGGAACGGGAAGCACGUGUGAGGGAGGAGAGAGAGAGGGAGGAGAGGGAGGCAGGACUGAAGGAGCGAAUCCGUGUGGCAGGGGAAGGGGUUGCGAGGAUGGAAGAAGAGGUGAGGAAGGCGAGGAAGGAAAUGGAGAGCGAGAAGAGAAAUGCAGAGGAGGAGAGAGAGGAGAGGGAGAGAGAAAAUAGACAGGCAGAGGAGGUGAGACAGGAAUGGGACAAAGAGAAGAAACAGGCAAAGGAGGAGAGAGAGGAGGUGGAGAAGAGGCGCGAGGAGAAGGAAACGGAACUUGAACGGGAAGUGGAAAGGCUGAGAGUACUGGUGCUGCUGGGAGAGGAAGAGGAGGCGAGGAGAGGGAGGGAUAGAGAGGGGGAGGUGGAUGCUGUUGGACGGACCGAGAUGGUGAAGGAGGAGUGGAGGGAGGAGGUGGGAAGGAUGGAGGAGAGGGAGAAGGAAAGGCAGGCGGAGAGGGGAGAAUAUGAGAUGAAGAUGAGGCAGUGGGAAGUAGAGAGGGAGAGAGAGAGGGUUGCGGAGGAGGAGAGGGAAAGGGAGAGGCAGGUAUUUGAGAGGAAGGAAGGUGAGUGGGAGAGGGAGAGGGAGGAGGAGAAAAAGAGGGAGGAGGAAAGAGAGAAGGAAAGAGCUGAAGAAAAAGAAAGGCGGAAGCAGAGGGAGGAAGAGAGGCAAGAGGAGAUGAGGAAGGAAGAAGAGAGGCAGAGGGAAGUGGAAGCAAUGGCAUUGAGUGAAGCAGAGUGGGAGGCGGAGAGGGAAGAGGAAAGGCAGAGGGAAGAGGAGAUGAUGAAGGAAAAGGAGGUGUUGGAAAAGAAAGAGAGGAUGUGGGAGAAAGUGAUGACUAGGAUGAGGGAACGAGAGGACGAGAGGAAACGGCAGGAAGCUGAGUUUGGGGAGAAGGAGAAGCAGUGGGAGCUGGAAAGGGAAGAAGAACGGAGGCGAGAAGAGGAGAGAGAGAAGGAAAGGAGCGCUUUCAGGGAGAAGGAAUUGCAGUGGGAUUCGGAGAGGGAAGAGGAGCGACGGCGGGAAGAGGAAAGGGAGAGGGAGAGGGAAGAGGAGAGGGAGAAGCAAGAGCAAAGGGAGGCAGAUAGGGAAAAGGAGAAGAGUAGAGCAAAGGAGAGGCAGAGGGAAAGAGAGGCUUAUGAGGAGAAAGAGAGGGAGUGGGAGGCGGAGAGGGGGAGUGAGGAGAAGAGGGACGAGGAGAGGAAGAGGAGGAGUGAGGAGGAGAGGGACGAGGAGAGGAAGAGGAGGAGUGAGGAGAAGAAGACGUGUGGAGAAGAGGGUGAGGAAGGAGAGGAGGGAGAUGGAGGAGGGGACGGUGGGGACGGAGGGGACGGAGAGUGGGGCAUAGAACAGGAUAUGGAGAGAGAGAGAGAGGAAUGGCGGCAGCUGUGGCGGAAGAAUGGACAGAAGGGCCAGGGCGAGGAGGGGAGAGGGGAAGGGAGUGAGGAGGAUGAGGAUACGUGGAGCGAAGAGGAGGAAGGGGGAGAUGGGGAGAGGAAGGCACGGGCAGGAAAGGUCGGAGGGAAGGGAGAAGGGGAGGAGAAGAGCGGAAGUACGGAGGGGGAGAGGGAGCGGGUGAGUGCGGGAGCGAAUGGGGAAGCAGCAGUGGUGGAGGCUGGUGAGGGAGAGGAGGGGGUGUUGAGACUGCUGGCUAUGCAGUGGAGUGAGGUGGGGGGUGUGUGGGAGAGGUUGAGUGCGUGGGUGCGAUCAGAGGAAGCACAGAGGGCGUGGAGGAUGGUGAGCGAACUGAUGGAUAGAGGAAGGUGGGAGGAGAUUCUGAAGCAGCUGGAGAGAGGUGGUGUUGUUGGUGCUGCUGGCUGUAUGGGUGGCCUGGGUGGUGCGAGAAUGCAGCUGCCUGCGGCGAGUAGGGCAGCGAGCAAGGCCGAAAUGGAAGAGGCACGGGCGCACAGGGAUGGGUGGGAGGAGUGGGACUGGCGGCGAGAGCUAGAACGCACAGAAGAGAAACUGAUAGAUGUGCAUGGGGCGCUGCUAGAAGCACGGGAGGAGCUGGGUGUGCUGAGGUCUGCUCGGGAUAACACUGUGCGAGCGGUGGUGGCGGAAAUGGAGGAGAUACGGAGGUGUUUGAGAGUGGUGGAGAGGGAUCGGCAGAGGGCGGCGGGCGCGGUGGGGGCGGUGAGGGAGGCUGUGGUGAAGGUGACGAUCGAGAGGGAGGCGUUUCGAGUGGCUCUGGAGCACUCCAACAGCGAGUGCCGCAAGCUGGUGGCUGCCAUGCGUAACAACGACAAGUCCAAGAUACUGCAGUCUCUGCAGGCGGACCUUGCUUCGUCUCAGACGACCAUCCGCGCCCUGGAGUCGACGGUAGAGGUGCUGCAGCAGCAGAGGAGCAUGCACGGCAGAGCGGGCAAAGACACUAUUUGUGACUGUGGCAGUGGCGAAAGGAGGGACCAUGGAUUGCUCAAGGAGUACAAGGAGCAGGUGCAGCACCUUCAAUCCGUUCUGGCGCAGACGCGAGAGCUGCUGGACAGCCGCAGCAACGAGGUGAUGCGGUUGAGAGCGGUGCUGGAGGCAGCAAAAAAAGCAGCAAGAGCAGAGAGGGGUGUACAAGGGGGCAAAGACAGUAUGGAGGGCACAAAGGGUGUGCAGGGCACAAAGGGUGUGCGGGACACGAGAAGUCUUGUUGCUCCUGUUGCUGCCAGCGCGAGUGUCAAUGGUGCUGCUGCCACAGCUCAGGCUAUUGCUCCUAGACCCAGCACGAUCCCAUCACCUGCUUCUGCUAUUGCACCUAAAGCAGCCUCGCCUGCUCUCUCUGCUCCUGCCUCUUCAGCUGUUUCCUUGUCCGCUGUUGCUGCUGCUGCGGAUGCUUCGGUCUUGAAUGCCAAGCCUGCUCAACCCACCAAGGCUCCUAGACGCACUGUUGCCGAUUCCGCCUCUGCUGCUUGUGACCCUUCUGCUGUUUCUGGUGCCUCUGGUCACGUCCCCAAGAAAGAUAGCACUGGCAAGACAAGGCGAGGGGGUAAGGCCGCAGCCGGAGAGGAGGGGAAGCAAGGGGCUGCAGGCGCAGGGGAGGGGGGUGGUAUAGAGGGGAAGAGAAAAGCAGUGCGGGGGAAGAUGGGGAAGAAGGAAGGAGCGGGAGUAGGGAAAGGAAAGGUGAAAGGGGAGGGGAAAGGGGCAGGGAAGAGAGGUGGGAGAAGUGUCAGUAGCGUGGCUGGUGUGAGUGAGAGCGAGCGAGGGGAUGGGGCUCAGGAAGGGGUUAUAGUGGAACGAGUAGAGAGUUUGGAUUAUGCGAUUUUGGAGAGAGAAAUAGACGCCUUUUUGGGAAACGACAUUGAAAUGAUUUCGGAGAAGGAUGUGGAGGUGUGUUUGGAAAAUGAAGGGCACGCAAGCGUUGUGGGGGCUAGCAGCCGGGUUGGAGUUUAUGCGAGUACACCGACUGCAGGGGAGAGGGUGGUGGUGUCUCGAACAUCCCAAGCACGCGGUGCUGUUGCCGUAGGGUCGUCAGCACAUGGUGGUGCUUCCACAAUGGGAUCAGCUCGUGGUGGUGCUGCGAGCAGUGCAAACAGACAAGCCAGGAGGCAGAACAGCACAGGCACGGGUGGUGCUUCCAGUGGCAGGUCUACUCGUCAUGUCAGCAGCACCCUUCAGCAUUCCGACCCUCCUCCUCCCACCAGCAUUUACACCCUUGCCCCGCGCCGUCAAUCCGCCGCACUCAACCGCUCUGAAUCUCAUGACUUCACCUUCCACCCUGCUGCAGUGUGGCCAGCACUGGUCGAGGAGGAGGAGGUGCAGCAGCAGCAGCAACUUGCAUCCCCUCGUAGCCUGAUUCUUGAGCGCCAGUAUCAAUCGGGUACAGCUGGUCCUGUGAGGGGAGCGCAAGCCAUCAACAAUACAAGCAGCAAAAACUGCCACAGCAGCAACAGCAACAGCAACAAGAGCGGCAACAACGGCAACAACAGUGUGUUUCAUCACCUGAGCAAUAGCCACGUGGAGGAGCGGGUGUUUCCUGCUCGCACAGGUACUGGUAGUAAUAGCUCGGUUGCACUGCAAGGCAGGCCGCACACACCACUGCGCCGUGGUCACAGUGCGGUUGGGAUGGGUGGAGAGGAUUUUGGGGACGGUUCAGGUGACUAUGCCAGUCACAUGGUGCCGUGGUGA